UAAUGGAAUAUAGAGAGAGUGUAAACCGUACUAGGACGUCUUCUUCAAAAUAUUGUCGUUGGACUAUUUUGCCGCCCCGUUUUUUCAGCCUUAUUAUUGAACAAGAUCACGAGGCUUACAGUUAUGCGAACGGCUCUGUAGGACCAUACCCUGCCCUUUGGGAAGUGGAUACGGUUUACAUACCGCUAACGCAGGACGAGAUUAACUGGAACAUUAUAAAGAUAGAUUUGCAAUCAUUAAACGUUACAAUUUAUUACCCCAAUAAUUGUCACGUAAAAAUCUGCCGUGGUUCGCUUUGUGUACACAAAAAUAUAUACCAGCUUUUUGUGGAGUUUGAGAGUGCAUUCAUAUGGUUUUUAGGGAGCAUAAAUUAUUGGCGAAACGCGGGACAGUCCGAGACUGAUGCACUGGAUUUUAUAGGUGAUGUUGCAUGGCCGAGCCACGUGGAUAAUGUGGGGAGAAAUUCAGGGGUGAUUGUGUGUAUGUUGCUUAAUAAUCUUGUUCUUGACCGUUCAAUGACUUGCAUUGAAGGUAACAUACAAGACACAUGUAUGCGAUAUAGACGAUUUAUGGCAGAUGAACUCUACGCGGCACGUUCCACGCCUAAUAAUAUGUAACUUCACAUUAUA